AUGUCAUCAACGCCUUUUUCCCCAAUCGUUCGUAUUGAUCGUGAGUUAUCAUCAGUUGUAGAGAGCGACUCACAUCGGUUGAUCGCUCGCAAUGACGAUCGAUCAGGAAUCAUUAGUCCGUCAGGAACAAGUUCAACUUCAACUCAGAUGAGUUCAGGGAAUGCGUCAACUUCGACUCAAAUAAGUCCAGAUGUACGUUCACUAAUUCUACCUGAAGAAAUAAAAGAUAAAAGGUGUUGGAUUUGUUUUGGCGAAGAAUCAGAUAGUGUGGGUAAAUGGGUCCGACCUUGUAAAUGUUCUCUUAUAUGUCACGAAGAAUGUUUGCUUGCUUGGAUUACAGAGAAUCAGAAAAGUACUGCGUUAAAGAAGGUACGGUGCCCUCAAUGUAGAACUUUAUAUCAUCUCGCUGAACGAGCAUCUCUUCUUUUACGCGUUUUUUCUAUCGUUGAUUCUGCAAUCCAAUCUUCGAUUCCAUACUUCACUAUUUUCGGUGUUACUUUCGCUAUUGCAGUUACAAAUAUUCACUAUGGAGCGUAUGCAGUAAUUACAAUGGUUGGUCUCGAAGAUGGUGAAAAACUUUUAGAAGGACCUUGGAGCUGGAGGAUUUGUUUUACUCUCCCUCUUGUUCCGAUAUUGCUUAUUUUUUCGAGGGCUCGUAUUGCCGACCCGGUGAUGCCGCUCAUUCCUAUGCUAUUUAUUAGAUAUGAUCAAUUAAGAACUACGAUGCCCCUGAAUCCAUCCCUCACAAUCUCUCUUUUACCAUGGGUUAGGAUUAUUUAUAAUUAUUCAUACAAUCGUUUGUUUGGUCGACUUGAGCAAUCAUGGCGUAGGCAAUUAGAACCGUAUUCAGUUACAAUCGAUUCUGAAAAUGGUGAAAAUGGUAAUGAGCGGCGUCGGGAAAAUCAAGAUGUGUUGGAUCGUUUGGAUAGAAGCAAUGCUGGUCGCAAGAUUAUUGUUAUCUCGGCUAUGGUCGGAAGCUUCCUUGGUCGCUUUUCGUUUAUUCGUUCACGGGUACCCGAUACUUUUCAUCGCAACGUUCUCGGUGGAUGCCUAUUUAUAGUCAUAAAGGAUAUUAUGAAUCUCACAUAUAAAUACCAAAGAGCAAAGCAUCGUCGAUCUAGGCAUAUUAAAAAUUAUACAGAAUUUGCGAACGAAGAAUUAACAUCUAAUCUUAGAUAA